AUGUCUAUUACUGCAAAUACUCAUGUUGAUUUUCUUACCAUUGAACAAAUUAAAAAAUUAGAUAACACUGACCAUUUUAUCAGAUUUUUGAAAAACCAAAACUUGGAUCAUGAUAAUAAAGAUCUUCAAGUUCUCUGUGACCAAAAAAUUACAGGUUGGCAUUUUCUUAAGUUAAAUGUGAAUAAACUAAUGCAAGAUAGUUUAAAACAAGGACCAGCUGAAAAAAUUGCAGAGUUUAUUAAUAAAAUUAAUAGCAAAGAACAGAAAGAUCCAUCAUAUCGUACUUAUCAUACUAGAAGUGAAGAAGAUGAAGAAAUUGUACAGAAAGCUUUUAAUAGAACUUUUCAAAAUCCAAGUAACCUUUCAGAAAGAUUCAUACAAUUUAUUGACAAGUGUCUAGAUAAUUAUGAAACGAUAAAUGGUUAUUAUGUGCUAUACACAACCUUAGUUCAAGCCAGUGGCACAGGAAAGUCCAAAUUAUUGAUAAAUGUUGCAGAAAAGAUAAUGACUGUAUAUUGUUGUCUGCGGGACUUCAAAUCAAGUAGUUAUCCAUUCAGAUCGAAUAUUGCCAACAUACUAGUAAGUGAUUUUAUGAAUAAACAAGAAGCCAUAGCUACCUAUCUUGCAUAUAUAUCCACAUGUUUUCAAAAGUUGCAGGAAUUUAAUAGAGAUUUUAAGGAAUGGAGAGAUUGGCAUACCAAUAAAAAUUCGCAAGAAAAAUUUUGGAGAGAUGUUAAGAACAGAAUGGGAGAUAUCAAGUUCUAUCUUAUAAAAUGUUCAGUUAAAUACCUGUUUGCAUUAGAUAAAGCUCAUACACUGGUUGGUAAGAAUGUUGAAAGUAAGAAUAUUGGAAAAAAUUCACUGUUUAAUUAUAUUCGACAUGCUUUAAUUCUCUUACCUAAAAGAGCAGGAAUUUUUGCAGUCUUUUCAGACAUACAUUCAAAUAUUUCAAACUUUUCACCUACUUCUUACCUCAAUCCAUCUAAUGAAAUUGCACAGCAUGGUUUCAAAUUAUUUGUGCCAUUUUAUUUGCUAGACACUGUGGACAUAAAUGUCAAUUUUGUUAAUUUUAAAGAAGCUAUGACAUUAAAGGAUGAUACUAAAGAGAUGGAACCAGAAUAUAUUAUCAAAUUGGCUAUGGACAAGCUUAUUGUACUACAAUCUGAAUAUACACCUGAUUUAAUAGCAAACAAUAUGUGCCUUUGUAUUAAAGUCUUAGAGGAUCAUAAAUACAUUGUUACAGCAAUGCCUACCGAACCCAUGCUAGCAGAAGCUAAUGCUCAAAUAAUGAAUAAUUCACAUAUCAGCCUCACAGAACUUAUUAAUAAACUAUCUGAAGCCUUAAAAAAAGGCAUAGUAGAGGCUAGUUAA